AUGAUCCCAGGCAUGAGCCAACCGCCAAACCAUACGAGCCCGGUUCAGUCCGACCCGUAUGCCUCCGUACACAGGCAGCAUCAUGGGGCUUAUGGUGUACCCCCGCCCGGUCAUGACGGAUAUGCGCAUCAACCACAUCCGCCACAUCCGCACCACCAUGUCGUCCAAUACGUCCACGGGCCCCCUGGUCACGCCCAGCAAGCUCCUCAUGACAUGAUGUACUCUGUUGAUACCUCCCAGCAGCCGAGCCAAGGUCAUACCCAAGCCCAAGCCGCUCCUCAGGAGGAGGAAGAGGAAGAAGAACCCCUGGAACCCCCACAGCCUGCUGCGAGCACAAAUGGGAAGCGAAAACAACCUGACAGUGCUACAGCCGACGCGGGUGCAAAGAAGCGGCGGGCACGUGUGGCGGGCGCCGCCUCGGGUGCGGGCGAGGACGGCGAAGAGGGGCAGGACUUGGAAGUGGGCCCGAACGGGGGCGCAAAACAUUGGACGGAAGAGGAGAAGACGCGGUUUUUCACGUGGAUGCUGAUGAGCGACGAGCACUGGGACGCGUUCAAAACGAGGAUGAACACUGUGUUCCGCGAGUGCUCAGCCGAGCUGUUUCCUGGACGCAAGUCGUAUACGGCGUUGAAGAGCUGCUACCAUCGCAAUCUUGAAGUCUUCAAGCAGAUCCAUGCCUUCCAGCACUUCUCCGCGAGCCACUUCCGCCAGAUGCAGACUGAAAACCCGCACGUGGAGCAGCCAUCCAUCGAUGCCAUGCUUGAAAUAGCUCGGUCCGCGGGACUCAACGUCGGGAACUUGAAUGUAAAGGUCAUCGAUCGCUGGUACGAAACAGGUUGGUUCAAUCUUUUCAAGAGAAGGUACCGUGAGGACCCGAAGACCGGUCUGCCUACGCCCUACUAUGGACCGCCCGACGCGUCGAUGGAACCCGGCUCUUCCUCUGGUCAUCGCCAGAUGAUGGGCGUACACACGUCGAUCGACCCGCAGCUCAUGGCAAGUCACGGUCUGCAAGCGCAGCCAACGCAGGACUCGCAGUACGCACCCCAGGCAGGCGAGGGCUCGCAGCAGUCUGUCAGCGCGAUGGCGCCGAACGGGUCCUACCCUUAUUCCCCGCCGGCCUCGCAGUCUUCGCACUACCGCGAAGCGGGAUCGAGCAACCUUGGCCAGCCCCCGCAGCCGUUCAAAUACUUGCGGUCACAGAGCGCGCUCCCUCCCAGGAAUCUUCAAGGAACCCCUAGUCGAAGCUCAGGAGCUCCCCUGCUGAAUGGCCAGAGACACUCACCUUUUCGGGACCAGAUACCCGGGGAGCAGUUCGGCGGCGAUCAUCCCAUACAGAUUGCUCAUGCCAUUGCACAGCUCACCGCCGUGACCGAGUCCCUCAUAGGGGUCUGCUCCUCCGUCAAGGAGCUCUUGCAGCAAAAUCUCGAGGAGAGCAAGGCGCGCACGGAGCUGAUGCGCGCCGAAGCUCCUUCGCGAGCGCAGAACGGCGGCGGGAACGGGCAUAAGGGCAAGGAGCGCGAGAAGGAGAUCUCGAUGGAGAAGGUGACGUUCGCGACAGAGAUACUGAAAAACGGACCUCAAAACGAGGAGAUCAAGAAGGCGGCGAUUGAGUGUUUGACGAAGUACCUCAUGCGGGAUUUGUGA